CCCGCCCCAGCCGGCGUCAGCCACUUGUCCAUCGCCGCUCGCUUCCAGUUGCGAAGUUUUAAGAGAGUUUCAGGAAGGACGCCGCUGGCUGCCUUUCUUAGAGCUCGAAGCUGCGCCAUGCUCGCCCUCCGGAGCGGCCUGACUAGGAUCCUGGCUGCGCGGACGCUUGCGCCCCAGGUGUGCUCAUCUUUUGCUACAGGCCCCAGACAAUAUGAUGGAACAUUCUAUGAAUGUCGUACUUAUUACCUUAAACCUUCGAAAAUGAAUGAGUUCUUGGAAAAUGUUAAGAAAAACAUUCAUCUUCGGACCGCUCACUCUGAAUUGGUUGGAUUCUGGAGUGUUGAAUUUGGAGGCAGAGUGAAUACAGUGUUUCAUAUUUGGAAGUAUGAUAAUUUUGCUCAUCGAACUGAAGUUCGGAAAGCCUUAGCCAAAGACAAGGAAUGGCAGGAACAAUUGACCAUUUCAAUUUGGCCUCUAAUUGAAGAACAAGAGUUUGAUAUUACUUAUCUGGUACCAUGGUGCAAAUUAGAAAAGCCUCCAAAAGAAGGAGUCUAUGAACUGGCUAUUUUUCAGAUGAAACCUGGUGGACCAGCUCUAUGGGGUGAUGCAUUCAAAAGGGCAAUUAAUGCCCAUGUCAAUCUAGGCUAUGCAAAACUAGUUGGUGUUUUCCACACAGAAUACGGAGAACUCAACAGAGUUUAUGUUCUUUGGUGGAAUGAGAGUGCAGACAGUCGUGCAGCUGGGAGACAUCAGUCUCAUGAGGAUCCCAGAGUUGUGGCGGCUGUUCGAGAGAGUGUCAACUACCUAGUGUCUCAGCAGAAUAUGCUUCUGAUUCCUGUGCCAUUUUCACCGUUGAAAUAGUUUUCUACUGAAAUACCAAGCAUUUCAUUAAUUGGCAUGAGGUGUGCUAAUAGUGCCUAAAUUCUCCCAAGAAGUUCUCACUUAUAUUUGAAGGAGGUGGUAAGCUAAUUUGCUAUAUUUCUUGCAUAUUUGAAAGCUAAAUCUGUCCUUUGUCACCACCACUUCAGGAAAUAGUUCUGCUCAUUUUCCCUGGGGCAUUUUGGUAUCUACUAUACAUUAGAAAUAAUUGUCACUAUUUCAUGAUCUUGAAUAUCUCUUCUGUAUUUUGACAACCUUUUGCUUUAUAUUAUAGCAUUUUCUUAUAUUCAAAUAAUGGUUUUACAUUUCUUUGCCUGAUAAUAUUUUUAAAUUAUUUAUAUACAAUAUCUGUCUUUUUAUCAUGUCUGUUUUUUCUUAGAUAUAAAAAAAAAUUUUGCCCAGUAAAGUUUAUUUUGUUAUAUCAAAUGGGAUUUAUAGAAAUAUUAUAUCAAGGAUAUUUCUUUACUUUGGAAAAGUACAAUAUCAUCUCUGUCAUCUGUAUUAAUUAUGGUUUUCACAUUAAUUAUUAGUCACUCUAACUUAGAAAAUAAUGUAAAUAGGUCACGGCAUUAAAAAUCUAUAGAAGACUCUUUGGUUUAUAUGCUGAAAUGUGUUCACUUAUAAUUAAUUGUACUAAUUUUUACUUCAUUUUGGACCACUAACAAAGAUCUUGGGACAUUUAUUUGUUUUAAAGAGAUCUUUAUGGUUAUGGAAAUGCUUGUCCUAAUAAAAGUCUACAUAUCUA